UUUACGGGAAGUCACCUGUUCUACCUGCGUCUUGGCGGGCGGGAGGGGGAGGUAGCGAGGUACCGUGAAAACAAUGAUUAGAUUAAAAGUUUGCGUUUGACUGCUGACUGCUUCUCUUGCUACUCGAGUACACGUUUAUCUUAUAUAGUGUACAUGUGUUGAAGGGACUUUAAUCUCAGCCUGUUUUACGGGAGAACGCUGGAGAUGGACAACAAAUGGAAGGGAGGCGGGGCUUGUCACCUGCUGUUAACCUUGAUGCCUUGAUAAUAAGAGCAGUGACACUUGUGUUAGCAAGGAAGACGAGAUGGGAUCAGAUGGUCCUGUGUGGGAGAGCAAGACUUAUCAGAAGAAACUCUUGACUCCAGGGACAAACAAAAGAAAGUUUUUUGGAGUCUUAGAGAAACCUAACUUGCCACCAUCGGUUCCCAAUGUCACUUACAAGAUCUUCUUGUGUGGGAAGACAGCCUCAGGCAAGACCUGGACUAUGAACUGUCUAUCAGGACAAGAAGUGCCAAGUAAGCAUGUGGAGACAAUUGGCAUACAGUGCAGCCAUGUCUUUUGGCCCAUGAAAAUUGGUAGCAGACUCAUCCUUUUCCGUCUAGAGCUUUGGGAUGCAGGAGAAGCCAGCACUCGCCAGUAUAGCCACAUUUUACCAGCAUGCCGUGAUGGCGUUGAUGCUGUAUUGGUAUGUUGUUCCGCUAGUGACCGUGAAGGAUGGUUGGACAUGCCUAGGGCAGUAGCAGAAGCCACACAACCAGCAGACAGGACAGCAGUGGCAGUGGUUCUCACUAGAUGGGAUCAAUUUUCAAAGCGUGAGGUCACAGAGGCAGAGGUGGAGGCAUUUGAGAAGUCCCGAGGGGUGCCAGUAGUGAGGCUUGGUGGUACUACCCACGAUCCUACUCAAGAAAUGGCCCAUAUUGCUCCAACACUUAAUUUUCUAUGUCGCCGGCUGUGGCAGCGUGACCAAGAACUUCUCUCCAUCAAGUAAUAAAGGAAAUGUACUUGAUAUAAGAAUUAGGGAGAAAGAGCAACACGGACAUUAUACAAGAAUGAUGGAAUGGGGGAUUGAGAAAACCUUAAAUAUUAAGAAGGUAAGGAGAGUAGAUAGAAUGAGGAGAACUAUGAAUUUGUCAGUCUCUUAAGGCAGUGUCAUACUAGCACUUUUCCAUUAACUUUUUCUGUCAACUUUCUGAAGAUUGUAAACUUAUGUUGACACUUGUCGUCACACAAGCUCACUUCCACUUCUGUCACGUUGGUUGACUGUAAACAAACAUGGCUGCCCCUUCACCCCCAGCAAGUCGUUGCUAUUUUUGGCCUCUAAUGCUCUCUAUAAGAAACUCUUCAGACAACUUUGUCCAAUGAUAAACAACAGAGCAGCUCAUCUUUGUCAAUUGCUACUUGGAAGUUCUGCCUUGGAGCAACGCAGUUCCAGAGAAAUGUAAGCAAGCAACUGAGCCUAGGCUACUACAAAAAAAAAUGUAUACACAAAUACUAUAUAUAUACAUCAACUUAUUAAGAUUCUAUUGAGUUGGAACUUUAUCAUUCAAUUAACAAAAAAAUAAAUUUUAUUAUGAAAGUAUUGAUUAGAAACCAUAGAUCAUAAUUUGACUAAAAAUUGAUGCUAGAGGAAAACUGUGUGUUUUCUCUGACUCAAGAUGAUGGAAACAGUUAACGGAACAGUAAAAAAAACGACAGAAAUCAUCAACAACAACAGAAAAAGUGUUAGUGUGACACUGCCUUUAGUUUCAGACCUAAAAUGUAUCUAGGAUAGUACAGUUAUCAACCUUAGGACCUGGAGACUGCUGGUUUUUGGAAAAUUUUGGAUUUUUUAUGUACAUGUACAUAUACACUGUACUGGCCCAACACAUGCAAGCCAUUCAAGUCAAGGCUUGCUUGAGUUCAGGAAAACUGAUCAUACUACUCCUGGGAGUUACUUAUAAUAAUACUUAAUUUCAUUAAAGAAAGACAUUAUGUAGCCUACUCAUUGUUGUUGAUGCUUAUUGAUAAAUUAAUUACAAAAACAAUUUCGGAUCUUGUGUUUGUAGACUACAGGGGUGGUACUCUGCAAUAUUUUAAAGACCAUCUGUAAUCCAGAAUUUUCUAUGGUCUGUCAAGUCUCAGGUCCAGAAGUUAUUGGAUUUGGGAGGUUUAACUUAUAUAUGCUGUGCAUAUUAAACAAAAUGGAAUACCAGUACAGUGCUUAAAAGAGAAAAAUUAAACACUAAAUGAAAAGUAAAUUAACUUUUUUUCGCACUUCAACUUUCUCUGACAUCAACAAUGCACCAUGUUUGUAUUUUACACCACUUUUUAUUUAUUUUUUUUUUUUAUUUUAUUUUAUUUUUUUUUUUUUUUUUUUGCUGAAUCCAGAUUGGAACUAUACAGUAGUAAAUAAAUUAUAAAAUGAGAAGAAAUACCUGUCAGCUGUUUCAAGCACGAUCAUUCAUAUGAUUUUGUAGUACAACACCAUCAGAACAUAAAUAGUGCCUCCACAAAAUAAUGACACACCAACGUGAUUAAUUUAAAAAAUCAUCCUGACAGUAAUACUAAAAAACUGAUGUUUCCUGAUUAUCAAUUGCCGAAUAGAAUCAUGAUUUUUAGAUCCACUUUGCAGCAAAAUUCUGAAUAUGAUUUAAAUUGUGCUUGAGAAAAUAUUCAGUAUUGCACUCCAUUCUUGUCUAGAAGUAGGAAUUAAGUUCUCAGCCAUAAUCAAAAGUGGGCCCAAUAUUAGAAUAUUAUUUUCUAUGAAAUUGUACAAAUAAAUUAUAUUUUGCACA